AGGCAAGAUGGUGUCCAGCGGUGCGGAGUUAGGGAGUUUAUUUGACCACCACGUCCAGAGGGCGGUGUGCGACACGCGGGCCAAAUAUCGGGAGGGACGACGGCCUCGUGCUGUCAAGGUAAAGUGAUUUUUGGUUUCAUUCGCUCUCCUCGGUAGCUUUUUGUGCGCGCUAGCGCCAUAUGGCUAACCUACGGAAAUAAAGGCACGACAAGGCUUCCGUCAGAUCUGUCGCUCGUUAGAGCUGGCGUGAAGAACCCUGGGCCAGGUACCAAAAAUUCUCACGACCCUUUUGGUCAACUAUUAGAACAUCAACUCCACGAGAAUAGGGCUUGGUUUUAGUCAUUGGAUCUUCAGUGUUUACAGUACUACUUGGCACAGGUAUAUACAAUCAAUUUGGAAUCUCAGUACUUAUUAAUACAAGGAGUUCCUGCUGUGGGAGUCAUGAAGGAAUUAGUUGAGCGAUUCGCUUUAUAUGGUGCAAUUGAACAGUACAAUGCUCUAGAUGAAUACCCAGCAGAAGACUUUACUGAAGUUUAUCUUAUUAAAUUUAUGAACUUACAAAGUGCAAGGACAGCCAAGAGAAAAAUGGAUGAACAGAGUUUCUUCGGUGGAUUGCUUCAUGUGUGCUAUGCGCCAGAAUUUGAAACAGUUGAAGAAACUAGAAAAAAACUACAAGUACGGAAGGCAUAUGUAGUAAAAACUACUGAAAAUAAAGACCAUUACAUGACAAAGAAGAAAUUGGUUACAGAGCAUAAAGACAGAGAGGAUUUUAGACAAGACUUCCACUCAGAGAUGUCUGGAUUUUGUAAAGCUGCUUUGAACACUUCUGCAGGGAACUCAAAUCCUUAUCUUCCGUAUUCCUGUGAAUUGCCUUUAUGUUAUUUCUCCUCAAAAUGUAUGUGUUCAUCCGGCGGACAUGUGGACAGAGCAUCAAACUCCUCUAAGGAUGGUAGAAAUCAUCAUAAAACAAUAGGGCAUUAUAACCACAAUGACUCUUUGCAGAAAACACAGAUAAACACUUUUAAGAACUCAGUGGCCUACCCUGGUGCGCAAAAGGCUAUUACGUCUUCAGAGGCAGUUGACAGAUUUAUGCCUAGGACAACACAACUGCAGGAGCGCAAAAGAAGAAGAGAAGAUGAUCGUAAACUUGGAACUUUUCUUGAAACAAACUCAGGUAGUAAUGAGGUUAUGAUUGGACCUCUGUUACCAGACAUGUCUAAAGUGGAUAUGCACGAUGACUCAUUGAAUACGACUGCGAAUUUAAUUCGGAAUAAACUUAAAGAGGUAAUUUCAUCUGUGCCAAAGCGUCCGGAGGACAAGCCGGAAGAUGUACAUACAAGUCAUCCAUUAAAACAAAGAAGAAGAAUAUAGAGUGCCAGCAGCAAAUUAGUACUUCCUGAAAAGAACAUUUAUUAUUUAUUUUUAGUCUGUCAUUUUAAUUCUUCUAGAGAUUUUACUGCUGGUAUUUUUUAAUGCACUCCUCUUUAUAAUUUCAUUCAAGCUAUUUAUCUAAAGUCAUUUCUUUUUUUUUGGGGGGAGAUGGAGUCUUGCUCUUUUGCCCAGGCUGGAAUGCAAUGGCAUGAUCUCAGCUUGCCGCAACCUCCACCUCCCGGGUCCAAGCAAUUCUCCUGCCUCAGCCUCUCCUGAGUAGCUGGGAUUACAGGCGUACACCACCAUUCCUGGCCAAGUUUUGUGCUUUUUUAGUAGAGAUGGGGUUUCACCAUAUUGGUCAGGCUGGUCUCAAACUCCUGACCUCGUGAUCCUCCCACCUCGGCCUCCCAAAGUGCUGGGAUUACAGGCAUGAGCCACCAUGCCUGGCCCAUUUCUUUUUUUUCCGACCCAUACUUAAUGUUGCAGAAACUACUCUUGUCAUAACAUUACCUCUCAUGUACAGUAAUUAUAUGUAAAUUAAUUGAAGCAAAUAUGGAAACUACAAUAAAGAUAGGCAACCAGC